AUGCUUCUCAUUGAGAAUGAGGAUGGCCAGGACUUUUUCUGUCAGACAUGUCCUUAUACUUACAAGAUCAAACAACGGCAUACUACUCGAAAGGAGCUUCAACGUAAAGAGGUGGACGACGUUCUCGGUGGUGCAGAUGCUUGGAAGAAUGUUGACUCUACUGAGAUAACGUGCCCCAAGUGUGAACAUGAGCGUGCUUUCUUUAUGCAAAUCCAGAUUCGAUCAGCUGACGAACCCAUGUCUAUAUUUUACAAAUGUUGUAAUGAUGCAUGCCAACAUCAAUGGCGAGAAGGAUAA